ACCCCAAAAUUUGGCAUAUUGGAAUAUUCGGAAAGAUUGUACAUUAAAUUUCAUCACCCACUUUUAGAAACUUAUCCAAACAGUUUCCGACACACACACCUCUGACUUCUGACAUUCAGAGAAUUUUUAGGAACAAGAGUCCAAAAAAAAACUCACAAAUGGCAUCACAGCUCGAUUUCAUCGGUAAAGAUUACAUCGCUGGAAUCUCGAAUAAUCCUCGGGCGGCUAGCCGUGUGUCUUCUGUGUACAGCGAAGUCCAAGCCAGUCGUAUCGACCACGCGCUUCCUCUUCCUUCCGUCUUUAAAAACCCUUUCAAGAUCAUUGAUGGUCCUCCCAGCUCCUCCGCCGGACAUCCAGAGGAGAUUGAGAAAUUAUUCCCAAAUCUAUUUGGACAACCAUCAGCUUUAUUGGUUCUUAACCAAUCUGAUGCAGUUAAAUCGGACCAAAAGCUUAAGAUUGGUGUUGUGUUGUCGGGUGGACAAGCACCUGGAGGACACAAUGUUAUCUGUGGAAUCUUUGAUUACUUGCAGGAAUAUGUGAAAGGAAGUAGUCUGUUUGGGUUUCGUGGCGGUCCAGCUGGAAUCAUGAAGGGAAAAUAUAUUGAGCUUACUUCUGAGUUUGUCUAUCCUUAUAGAAACCAGGGUGGAUUUGAUAUGAUAUGUAGUGGUAGAGACAAGAUUGAAACUCCAGAACAGUUUCAGCAAGCUGAAGAGACUGUAACAAAGAUGGACUUAGAUGGCCUUGUGGUUAUUGGUGGAGAUGACUCCAAUACUAAUGCUUGUCUCCUUGCUGAACACUUCCGAGGUAAAAACAUGAAAACUCGGGUUAUUGGGUGCCCCAAGACAAUCGAUGGUGAUUUGAAAAGUAAAGAAGUCCCUACUAGUUUCGGGUUUGAUACUGCUUGCAAGAUAUACUCAGAAAUGAUUGGAAAUGUUAUGAUCGAUGCACGUUCCACAGGAAAAUACUAUCACUUUGUACGUCUUAUGGGUCGUGCUGCGUCUCAUAUUACACUUGAAUGCGCUUUGCAAACCCAUCCAAACAUUACCAUUAUCGGAGAAGAGGUACGUUUUCGUGUUACUCAAGCUUCAUUCGUAGCCUUCGGUUUGAGAACCGGAAAUAUCCAAACAUUUAUGCAGGUUUUCGAGAAGAAGCUAACGUUGAAGAAUGUUACGGAUAACAUUGUUGAUGUAAUCUGUAAACGAGCAGAAAAUGGUUACAAUUACGGUGUCGUUCUUGUUCCCGAAGGUCUCAUUGAUUUUAUCCCUGAGGUCCAAGAGCUUAUUUCCGAACUAAACGAAGUCUUAGCAGAAGGAAACGUUGAUGAAGAAGGCCAAUGGAAAAAGAAUCUUAAAGAAGAGACUUUAAAGAUUUUUGAGUUUCUUCCUCAAACUAUUCAAGAACAACUAAUGCUUGAAAGAGAUCCACAUGGAAAUGUCCAGGUGGCUAAAAUAGAGACAGAGAAAAUGCUGAUACAAAUGGUUGAAACCGAGCUAGACAAAAAGAAGAAGGCGGGUACAUACAAACGCGAGUUCAUGGGGAAAUCGCACUUCUUUGGGUAUGAAGGAAGAUGUGGGUUGCCUACGAAUUUUGAUGCAACUUACUGUUACGCAUUAGGUUACGGUGCUGGAUCACUUCUCCAGAGCGGAAAGACCGGACUAAUCUCAUCGGUUGGAAAUUUGGCUGCACCUGUUGAAGAAUGGACAGUUGGUGGUACUGCACUAACUUCGUUGAUGGAUGUUGAGAGAAGACACGGCAAAUUCAAGCCUGUUAUCAAGAAAGCUAUGGUUGAACUUGAAGGCGCACCGUUUAAGAAAUUUGCGUCGCAGCGGGAAGAAUGGGCUUUGAAGAAUCGAUACAUUAGUCCUGGUCCGAUUCAGUUUAAGGGACCGGGAUCUGAUGCGAGAAAUCAUACCUUAAUGCUGGAACUUGGGGCUCAAGCCUAAAGAAUUUUUGUACUGUGAGAUUCACUCACUGGCUCACUUACUUUGUUGUUGUUUGCCUUUGCUGUAAAAUCUUUUUGUAGUAAAGAAAGUUACUGUGAGUCAAGUAAACCAACAAGUAGUCAACGUGUAAGUCGUGAAUUGUGAUGACUGAUGAUGACACUUGAAUAAUAAAAUUUCCUUGGUCUAUUGCCA